AUGAAAUGUCCCAAGCCUGCAGGGAAAUGUCCCGAGCCUGCAGUGAAAUGUACCGAGCCUGCAGUGAAAUGUCCCCAGUUUGCAGUGAAAUGUCCCAAGCCUGCACUGAAAUGUCCUCAGUCUGCAGUGAAAUGUCCCAAGCCUGCACUGAAAUGUCCUCAGCCUGCACUGAAAUGUCCUCAGCCUGCAGUGAAAUGUCCCAAGCCUGCAGUGAGAACACGUUACU